AUGAUGGAGUACGAAGCUCGCGCUCAAUACCACGGAUUUGCCUCUCCCCUGGAUAAUCAUGGCCACAUGUUCCCCCAGCCCACAGGACGGUUGUCUUAUCCUCCCACUGGACAGCUCAUCGCCCCGGCUUCAUUGUAUCCUGACUGGAACAUGCCUUUGCAAAUGCCGCAAGAGGCUCUCCGACAUGACCCUAGGCCACUUAAUUCAUCGGAAAGUCCGGAGUAUAUCGUGGAAAGAUCCAGCCGGAGAGCAUCCGACGCCAGUCGAGGUGGGAGCACCCGGUAUGUCUCCCAAAGACAAUCCUCCAACCGAGAUGAGUUUGAUGGCCCGCAUCAAAUCUUGGACCCGCCUGCUUCUGGCGAUACUCCCGCCCGGGAGGAGGAUUUGCCAUCGCUACCCACUAGCCUUGAUGCUGCAGAGCAAGAUCGUAUUCUGCACGAGAUCAAUGACCGCUUGUCCAAGUGCGCAUUCGACUUCUUCGCUUACUACAAGUUUCCCAUUCCCAUUGAGCAGGACAAAAGGCCCGUUCAGGUUCCCUCUGACCGUGAGUGGAAUGAAUGGGUUUAUCUCAUGAAAAGAUUGGCGACGCGUCGGCGCAUCCCCCGUCAUGCACUGCACAAUGGCCAAAUUAAGCAGCUGAUCACUGUUCUGGAAAAUUCCCUGGAAAUGCGUCAUGCUGCCAAGCACAGCUCCCGGCCAGUCAAGGAUGACCGUAAUGUGUUGCAGCUGAUCUCGGCUGGCACUCAGGUUGCCCGAAUUCUAAAGGAUGCCAGUGCGAUGAAGUUCUUUGACCGUCUCUAUGUUGACACGGAGAAGCUCAUCAGUGACCGUCGUCGUCGGGUCCGAUUCUCCGACAAUUGA